AACAAAAGCAGCUAGCCUGCGCAAAGAUGAUGUUCUGCCAGUGCAGCUGUGUGGAAAUACACUUGCAAGAUAAACGACCUCUCAGCUUGCAACACACACAACAUUUUAAUUCCCAGGAAUAAAGAACGCCACUGUGCGAUUAAAAACUGUACUGCCGAAUAAAGAAAGGGAGUAAAUCGUGUAAAGCAGAUGGAGGAGUUUGAGAACAAUUUGCUGGGCCGGGUCACGGUGUACUCCAUCCAGGGAUGCCCGCACUGUGUGCAGGCUAAAGCCACCCUCGGGAGUUUGGGAGUCCCAGUGUGUGAUGUGGAUGUGGGGAAGCAUCCGGAGCUAAGAGCCAGGGUGAAGGAGCUGACAGGACGCAGCUCAGUCCCGCAGAUCUUCUUCAACAACAUUCAUGUCGGUGGCAACGAUGACCUACAGAAACUGGCUCCUGAAGAGCUGCAGAGGCUGGUGAAUGUUGUGAAGAAAGAGCCUCUUCCAGCAGAUGCUCCUCCUCUCCCAGAGGAGAACCCAACAGAGAGCACGUCUGGGGAGACGGAUGGAGAGUUUGUGUGUGAGAGAGAUGAGUUGGCGGACCUGGUAGAGAACUUCAAACAUGGCAAUGUGAUUGGCAGUCAUAGGAGGGGGCUGACAGUGUACAAAAAGAGCUUCUCAAGUGACCAACUGCUUGACUGGCUGCAGAAAGAGAAGGGCAUGGCCAGGGCUGAGGCCUGUAGUACUGGCCAGGCCUUGUUGCAGAAGAAGUACAUGGUGAGUGUGCGUGGCUGUGGGGACAAGGAUGGCUCUUUUGGAGAAGGGAAAGACGCUCUGUACAGGCUGCUGGAGGAUGACCCUCACUCGGCCCUCAACGCAGGACAGACGGCCUCCUGCACCCCCAUCCCGGCUGCCGAGCUGUCUUUGCUUUUACGGGAGUUGAUUCUGAAAUUGUUCUCUGAACAUCUCUCCGCUGAUGGCAAGUCUGUGGACUACAAGGGUAUGUCAGGUGACCCUGCCUUCGAGCGUUACUGUGAGCUAGCCAUUCAGCUGCAGCGGGUGGAGCUGCUCUCUCUCAGUCGGGAGGAGAAGCUGGCCUUCUUCAUCAACAUCUACAACGCCUUGGUCAUCCACGGGAACCUACGCCUGGGGGCCCCCACAAACAUGUUGCAGAGAUACAAAUUCUUCAACUAUGUGAGCUACCUGAUUGGAGGAGAGCUGUUCACACUUCAGGACAUUGAGAACGGCGUUCUGAGAGGGAACAGAAGAGGAAUGGCUCAGCUUCUAAGGCCCUUCUCCAAAACAGACCCACGACUACAGGUGGCGCUUCCAGAUGCUGAGCCCCUCAUUCACUUUGCCUUGAAUUGUGGCGCAAAGGGCUGCCCACCAAUAAAAACCUACUCUCCAAAGGACAUUGACAGCCAGCUCCGCACAUCAGCCGAGGCCUUCCUGGAGAACGAUGACUCCUGCGUGGUGGAUUCUGGGAAAAGAGAAGUGCGGCUCAGUCAGAUUUUCAAGUGGUACAAAGCUGACUUUGGAGGAACUGAUGAAAAGCUGCUGAAGUGGGUGCUGGAUCACAUGGGCGACUCUCCGAAGAAGAGCAGCCUGCAGGAUGUCAUAUCUGCUGGGAAGACCAAAGUCAUCUUCCUCCCUUACGACUGGAGCACCAACGGCACACACUGAGCAACACUUUGCUGCCUCUUUGCUUCUGUCCACUUCCUACUGAGCUGCAUCUACUCUAAAACCAGAAGAUCGGUGAAUAUGUAUUUGACAAAUGCAAUCCACCGGUUCUGAACGAUGCAAAUCGACAUUAUGCAAAACAAACUGUAAAUUCAAAAGGUCAUAGGGGCGUGUUUGCACUGUUCCAUAGUCAUACUUCUCCCCCAUGUUUAAAGUAAUACGUUGUGUAUGAGUUGUACAAAAAAGUUUUCAUUGGUUUGAAGCAACAAUAAUCAACAUAUUUAGAAAUCAAGAUGCUUCCAAUAUUAUUUUACUAUGUUCAAUUUUAUCCUGAAACGUUCCCAAAUUAUUUUGGAGUAAACUAAUCACUGCCCAAAGACUGUAUUGAGAUCUAGAUCUAAACAUCUAAAUAUUUGUUCUGAUUGGUCUAAAAUCUUCCAAUUUGGUAUGGACAUUGACAUUUUCAGAUCACAUGAAAUCUGACUUUCAUAAUUCAGGAAAAACAAUGACAAAUGGACUCGUGUUUUUUCUCAAAUAUAAUGAUGUAUAUUAAAAACAGCGUUUACCCAAAUAUUAUAUAUAGUAGGACUAGAAAAUCGAACUUUUCUAGUCCUACUAUAUAUAAUAUUUUUUAGUGCAUCUUCUAAUUUGGAACGAAAUUCAACAUUUGUGUUGCCGGCACAAGUAGGUUAACACAUUAAAGCUAACUAAAACUGUAUAAUAAUUACAACAACCACAAUUCUCUACAUGGCUUCCAUGUACUCAACAAUAUGUAAGCAACUCAGGAGUCAUAGAUUAUCACCAUCUUCAGUCCAAUCCAACACUCACUGGGUGAUUUAUGUGGAGCAUUUAAUCAGAGCAGAUCUAGGUGAUACACACCCUGCCUUGAAAAGCCAUAUCGAAGCCCUUUUAACUUCCAAACCUACGCAUCCAAGUUCAGCAGCUGCACAUUCUCCGCAUCCUCCAUUGUUUUAAAAUUCUUUAAUAGAAGCUAAAAGCUGUAGAAACAAAACAUUAGUGUCCAACGUAGUGGACAUUAAAAUAUAAAGAAAACUUUGCCUGUGGCUGUAAAACAAGAUGUUAGUCUUUUAAGCUUUUUACAAAAAAACAAUAUCAUUUAUUUACUAGAAAAUAAACUCUUGUUUACAGCGCUUAGAUUUUUGCAUGGCUUGAUGAUUUUUGUAUUUAUUUUGUUAUCCUUUUUUGGCCUACAUGGUAGUCCACCCCUCUCUUUUUGAUCCAGGUCUUCCAUUUGAAAUGACUACUGCUGUGCUUUUAAGGGCAGUUAUUUACUAAAAGAUAUAUAGUAAUAUUUUGAAUUCUAGAAACAUGUAUCCUAGCUACACCCCUUUGGGAAGCACUCUGACACUUUGCAUGUUUAUCACCUACUCUGAAUGCUGUUCAGUCAUGUUUGUACUGUUUGUUUUUUUUCACAAAAAAAAAGUUUGCUGUUGGUCAGUGUGAGAGUUAUGGGCUGUUUGUCCAGAUAUUUCAAGGGUGUCUGGGAAUGGAAAAAAAACUAUGUCUUAAAUUAUUUUUUGUUUUAUUACCCAAAUCAGUAGUCAUGAAUAGAAGGAAUUGUAGCAGUGUAAGUGUAGAUUAGAUUACUCUGGGGUUUCUGCCUUCAAAACUGUACAGGACCUAUUUGUUUCCACAAUUGAAGGAUUUUCUUAUCUCAGGUCUAAGGAAAAUGUGUGAGGAAACAAUGUUAGGGUGUCUGUCAUCGAUGCAUGUUGUGUAAAACAUGCCCUCUCUCUCCAUAUUCCUUUGCAAAGACAUUGUGUCCGUUUGUUAGUCCUUAAACUAUAAGCAGCACCAGAGCAUACGCUUCAAUAAGCAUGUGUUAAAAACGGGAAAGCAUUCUCUGCACGAGAUUCUGGAGACUCUUGAAUGCUGGCCUGUAGCCGGACAGCCUGUCUCUGCUUUGAGUCUAGCCUGUAGGCUCAGACAUAAGGACAAUAAAGUGUCAGAGCCCAUUAUUGGAACGCAAUAGAUUAAGAAUAUAACCUGAAACUGAUCAAUAAGGCUUUACUACAUGUUACUCCAUUAUUUAGUGACUGGUAGUAAAAGACGCUUUGUUGGUUUAACUGGACUGAACAAGUGAAUUUUAUUGACUUAUAUUGUCCCUGUACUUUAUAGAACCUUGUGUAUCAGGAAAAUGAGAUGCAAAAAGUUUUUUUAAACAAGAAAUUCUAAUAUAUUCUAUUUCCUCUUUCCUGGGGUGAUCAACAAAGCAAUAUGUUUAUGAACAAUAAAUAUGCAAUGCCUGAAUAACAAAAGAAAUAAUUGUC